AUGAGUGAUUCUGCAUGUUUCGAAUCUUGUCCGAAUGAAAUUUUUCAUGAAAUCUUCGAUUAUUUUUCACUCCAUGGCCUCUACUAUUCUUUUCACGGACUCAACCAACGUAUAAACCAUUCACUACAAUCAAUCAAUCGUCGUGAACUUCGAUUACGAUCAACUGAUGACGAACCAGAACUACGGCUGGCUCGCUUCUUUUCACCAACCAUCAAUGUCCUAACCAUUUAUGACGAUUUCGCUAUAAAUUUAAACCAACACCCAAAAUUAGAUUCGCUAACAUAUGCCUAUGCAACUACCGAACAAAUUGAACAUUUCAUUCGGAUGAAGUCUCUACACCAACGUUUAAAAUACUUGAAUAUCACAUCUGACGAGUUAACUUUAUUCAUGAAAUAUCUUUUUUCCAAUAAAUUCUUAUCGCUUCGAUCGUGUACCAUACGCAAUAUCGAUUCAAUGACGAAAUCUCCAUGGCGGAUAUCACCGUCUUUAUCUUCAAUAAUUACAUGUGAUCAGAAGAAUCUCCUGCCAUGCAUACUUCAAUCUUGUCCAAAACUAGAACGUCUUUCAAUAGCUAUUCAUCGCUAUUCGACGACUGAUUCAACCUUAUUCGUUUCCAGUCAAUGUCUGACUCAUCUUUCUAUUGAAAUUAUUCAACCAGCAUGGACAACCAUAGCCAUCAAACGCCUAUGUUCAUCCAUUCACUUACCAAAUCUGACUUUCUUCCGUAUUUGUUCUCACGAGUCAUCUGCCAAUCACUUCGAUUUCGCUCAAUUGAUUCCAGUUUUUCAAAAUAAAUUGCCUCGAUUGCAACAGUUUCAAUGCGAUAUUCUUUUCGCGAAAGAGGCCCAAAUAGCGGACAUAAAAUCCAUACGAAAUCUACAUCCGUCGUUAUUUAAACUUCUCGAACUCGAUUGUCAAAUCGAUGGUGUUCGAAGGAUCUAUACGAAUUGUGAAAGUGAGUCAUUAAUCGAAUAA